GCCGAGCCGCACCGAGCCGCGCCGGCCCUUGUUGUCUCGGUGCCGGCCGAGCCCCCGAGCGGCGGCAGCGGCGGGACGGGCGGGCGCGAUGUCGCAGGACAACCUCCUCGGCAUGGAUGAGGGAGCGCUGCGGCGGCUGCUGGAGGCAACGCUGGACCUGGCCGAGCGCCGCCGCAUCCGCUCAGCCAUCAGGGAGCUGCAGAGGCAGGAGCUGGAGCGGGACGAGGAGGCCCUGGCAUCCAAACGCUUCCGCACGGAGCGCGGCAGCCACCGGCACGACGACAAGGAGAACUGGCCGCGGUCCCAGCGGCUGGAGGAGGAGCAGCAGACAGCGCUGGCUGCCCUGGCCCAGCAGCUCGAAACCAUUACAGACGUGGAGGAGCUGACAAAAAGGCUGCGGGCAGCGGGUGAGUACGAGGAGCGCAAGCUGAUCCGAGCUGCCAUCCGCAAGCUGCGGGCUGAGGAGAUCGAAGCUGCAGCCCUGGCUGGGAACGUGCAGAGCAGCCGGAGGAACAGCAGCGAGCCUCCUGCUGUGGCCGGGGAUGCCAGAAGCAGAUGGAGGGACACUGAAGUGCCGGUCCUGUCCGGAAGCGAGAAGAGCAGCCAAAGGGGCAAUACUGAGUUGCCAGCCCUGUCUGGAAUCGGGGAGAGCCAUGGCGAGGGCAGUGCCGAAGCCCUGGCCACAGCCAGCGAUGGUGAGAGCGGCCAGCAGGAUGAUGCAGAGCAGCCGGUGCUGGCUGGGCUGGAGGAGAGCAGCCAUGGGGAAGCUGCCCAGGAGCAGCCUUCUGCCCAGGAGCCCAAAAGCUCAGUGGCCCUCGAGCAAGGCGACACGGUGCACCAGGAGCAUGUUCCAGCUGGACUGCUGGAGCUACACAGCAAACAGGCUGGAGACCCCCAGAAAGCCAGUGCCCAGGCUGUGGUCCCGGGCACCGUUGUGAUCCUGGAGCUGCAGCCAGUCCCAGAGCCUGCUCCAGAGACCAAAGCUGGUGGUGAGGAGCCGGAGCAAGGCCGGCCGUGCAUUGCAGGGGCUGCCCAGCCCAAGGGCCAGUACCAGGCAGCCUGGAAGGAAGAGAGCCCAGGCACCCUUGCCACUGCCCAGGAGCCUGUCGGGAGGCAAAGCCAGCAGCAGCCCCGAGGCCAGCCCGGUGCUGGCACCGUGGGCAGCCAGCUCGGUGUGGGGGCGUGUGGCCGGGUGCCAGCUGGGCACGGGGAGCCGGCGGCUGCGGCAGCAUCCACCCCGGCCACGGCAGGGACCCCGGCUCGCCUCAGCACUCACCGGUGGGCGCAGGUGCCAGCGGCAGGACGCACAGAGCCCCGUCCCGCCGCGCCCCCGCCGCGGGCCGCCUCGGUGCGGGAGCGCGCCCAGCGCUUCACCCCGGCGGGCGCGGGCUCGGGGCCGGCCCCCGGCGCGGGGGCGGGCGGGGGGGGGCGGGCCGGGCGCGGCCAAUGGCAGCCGGGACCCCGCACGGCCCCGCCGGGCUCCGCUCAAAACGCGCGGGGCGGCGGCGGCGCAGAGCAGCGCCUGUCCCCGGCCCCCGGCCCCGGCCCGAUCCCCGCCGGCCCCCGCCCCGGCCCCGGCCCCAGCCCCGGCCCCGGCGGCAUGAAGACCUUCUUCACCAUCGAGAUCAAGGAUGGGCGGGUGCAGCCCCUCGCGCCCCGCGUCGUGGCCGCCCCCGGCAGCCAGCGGGCAGAGAUGACUCUGGGGCUACGGAGCUCUCCCCUCCGCAUCACCACCGUCCCCAGCAGCGUGGGCAGCGUCUGUAGCAUCAGCAGUGUCAGCAGCAAUGUCACCAAGGACCCUUGCGCCCACUUUGAGGGCACCGAGGAACCCGGCGGCCCCGUGGCCCACCCACCCGCUUUCUCCAGCACGCGCCAGCAAAUGGUCCUGCAGCUCUCCCGGAACAGCGGCGGCAUGGAGCCAGAGGCAGGGGAGCAGCAGCAAGCACCCAGGCUGGAGCCGGAGCUGCCCAACGGCAUGGAGAAGGUGCAAGUGAGGAAGCUGGAGAAAAGGAGCAAGCUGAGUGUUGAGGAGCUAAACAGGAUCGAGGAUGAAGAUGUUCUGGAUAAGAUGCUGGAUCAGACGACAGACUUUGAGGAGCGGCGGCUCAUCCGAAACGCCAUGCGGGAGCUGCGCCAGCGCAAGCGAGACCAGCGGGAGAAAGAACGGGAGCAGCGGCUGCAGGAAACGAGGAGCCAGGCUGCAGUGGGGAGGGCCAGCCGUGCCACAGAGACCACCACCACGCAGAGCGCCCAGCUGGCUGAUGGCUCAGCACACAGAACUGUCACCAAGACCGAGCGCCUUGUCCAGUCGAAUGAUGGCACCAAGACUUCUCGUACCACAACCAUGGAGUCGAGUUAUGUGAAGAGAUCAGACAAUGGCAACAGCACAUUUGUUCAAACCAAAUCAUCCUACAGCUCCUCUUCCAAGAAGACAGGCAGCAUCUUUGACCGUGAAGAUGAGAGCGCCUCGAGGCAGAGCAGCCUGGCCGCACUGGAGCGGCGCCAGGCCGAGAAGAAGAAGGAACUGAUGAAAGCUCAGAGCCUGCCCAAGACCUCGGCCUCACAGGCUCGCAAGGCCAUGAUGGAGAAGCUGCAGAAGGAGGGCGGGAGCUCGCCGGGCCCUGUGGCAGCGCGCGGCGCCGUGCAGCGCUCCUCCAGCUUCGGCGUGCCCAACGCCAACAGCAUCAAGCAGAUGUUGCUGGACUGGUGCAGAGCAAAGACCCGGGGCUACGAGCACGUGGACAUCCAGAACUUCUCGUCCAGCUGGAGCGAUGGCAUGGCCUUCUGCGCCCUGGUCCACAACUUCUUCCCUGAGGCAUUUGACUACAGCCAACUGACGCCCCAGAACCGCCGCCACAACUUCGAGGUGGCCUUCUCCUCCGCAGAGACGCUGGUGGACUGCGUGCCGCUGGUGGAGGUGGAAGACAUGAUGAUCAUGGGGAAGAAGCCGGACUCCAAGUGUGUCUUCACCUACGUGCAGUCCCUCUACAAUCACCUGCGUCGCCACGAGUUGCGCAUGCGGCAGAAAGAGUGCUAGAGCCUGCCCUGCCCCCCGCCCAGCCCUGCCCGCGGGGCUGCCAGCGGCCGCCAGCGCUGCCCAGCACGGCCCGGCGGGGGCGAGGACCGGCAUCGGGGGCUCUGCCACACGGGCAGCCCCACGUCUCUGCCUGGCUGCGGCUCCCGCUGCCCCGGCUGGGCAGGCACUGCCAGGGCUGCUCCCGGCUUGGCUUGGCUCCUGCCCUCAGCGUGUUAACUUAUUUGUUCUCCAGGAGUCGUUUGUCCCGAGGGCUGCAGCCCUGGGGAGGCCCGGGCACGGCUGUGACGGGGGGAUCGGCGGCUGGAGUUGGGUCGUGCAACCCAGCCUGAGUCACAGCGCAGCCCCCAGGCAGCGCAGCCACGAGCGGUUCUCCUUGCCCCCCCCCCGAGGAAGCCCCUCUGCCCACUACAGGCCCUGCUUGGUGCCACCUCCCUGGGGACAGCUCCACGGCUGUGCUGACACCCUGCUUCCCACCGCACACGUGCACCCUGGGGCACUUCCACACGGGGAGGGGCUGAGGCGCCCAUGUGAUGAGGAGCAGGCAGGGAGGUGAGGGGUCCCAGGGGAGCAAGGGGCCCGAGGAGGGAGCUGGGACAGCAGCCCCUGCUCUGCUCCCCAGCUCAGGGCACCAUGUGCUCAGCGCCGCUUGCCUCUCCAUCACUGUCUCUACACCCGCGUUGACACGUGUACCAACACCAGCCAGACAAUAAAGGGUUAUUCUCUAG